CUGCUGGGGACCUGGCUGUACGUGGCUGGGGCCGCCCAGUUCCCCCAGCACGUCCUGGAGCUGCUGCUCAUCGACCACGGCCACCUCCUCGUGGAGCCCCAGGGCGGGGGGCAGGAGCUGCUCAUCACCCAGCGUGUGGCCGUGGGGGACCAAUGUCUCACCAACAACUCCACCUACUUUGAGGUGGCUGCUGGUAACCCCACGCUGGUGAAGCACGCCAAGACCCAGCAAACCGUGGGGAUGCUGAUGAACCUCAGCUCUGAAGACGUUUUACUCAUCCAGUACCAGCUGCAGAGGGAGAGGAUGUAUUUGGGACUGUAUCUCUACGCCCGAAACCUGAGUGAGAGCAGAGCCCAGCGGGAGGAAUUUGAGCACCAUGCCAAGGGGCUGGGGCUGAGCACAGCGGGGAUCGUGUACGCCCCCUGGAAAAGGGAGCUGUGUGAAGAGAAAGAAGUUGAGAAAGGAAACAGCCCAUGCCCGGAGCCUGAGGCUGCAGUCACGGCAUCACCUCCCCCGGGCACCCCCACCCUGGGACCACGGGCAGCAAACCCCACCUGA